AUGUUCUGUCUACGGAGCUGGCUCCCACUCCUCUUCAUCCCAACAAACGCCUCCCCACUCUUCAUAAUCUCCUUCGUCGCCUUAACCUACAUCAUCCACCGACCAUGCAUCUACUGCUCCGCCCUCCUCCUAAUCCUCUUCGCAUCUUCCUGCCACUGGUCCGACCGCUGCAUCUUCGAUCUACGCAGUAACUGGUUCGCUCCACGCUACAGCUCCUCCCCGCCAACAAACCCAAAUUCAAGUUAUCAAUCCGGCAACGCCACCAUCGCCGCCCCCAUCCCCGGUGACAGCCUCGCGGGCUUCGUCUUCGAAACAUUCAACUCCACUGCCAAAGCGCUCGCUAGUGCAGCGAUGGAAAGUGCCCAGAAUCGACUCGGUAUUGAUGGGGAUUCAAAGGCUGAAUGGACGGGUGUUGGACUCGAGUGGUUGCGUGAUGUGCUGGGUCGACGGGAAUGGACGCUUCCUUGUGUGGAUGUGAAAGUUCGGCUCUAG